AGACUUAAAAUUAUUAAAAAUAACAUAACGGUUGAACCAAUAAUGAUUUGUUACAUUAUGCCGAGUGUUUUAGCAUCAUUAGCUACUCAAAACCUAAAUUUAGAAAAGGUUUGCCUUGUAAAUCUAAAUUAUAGUGUUGAAAUUUGUGACGCCUUAAAAUCAAGACAAACGGAAAACUAUACAAAAUAUGAAGAAAACGUUCAAACCUAUACAGCUGAAAUCCAAGCUUGGAAAAACGUAGUUCAAACAGCAAUUCCAGUCUUAAUAAUAUUGUUUGUUGGAGCGUGGAGCGAUAAAACUGGUUGUAGAAAGGCCUGUAUCCUGAUUCCAAUUGUAGGAGAAUUCCUUUCUUGCAUCGGUUUCAUCAUUAACACCUACUUUUUCCUAGAACUUCCAGCUGAAGUAACUGCUUUGACGGAAAGUAUUUUUCCAGCUAUUACCGGUGGUUGGUUUACAAACUUUAUAGGAGUAUUUAGUUAUAUGGGUGAUAUUACUACUGUUGAGGAUAGAACGUAUAGAUUGGGCAUUGUAAACUUAUUAAUGUCACUUGGAUACCCAAUAGGUAGUGCACUAAGCGGAAUUUUGCUUACUUGGAUAGGCUACUACGGAAUCUUUUCUUUCUCAGCUAGUCUAUAUUUAUUUAGUCUUGUUUAUGGCUGUCUCUACUUAGAAGACCCAAAAAGGAAGAAUAUUGAAAAAAAACAUACUGGAUGUUUUGGUUUUAUAAGAGAGUUUUUUGAUUUUGCUCUCGUGAUUGAAACUUUUCGAGUAGCCUUUCAGAAAGGCACUGGUAACAGACGUCUGCGAGUUUGCCUCCUUCUUAUAGUAGUAUGCGUUGUCUUCGGACCUUUACAAGGAGAAUUCUCUGUUUUAUAUCUAUUUACCAGAUUUAGAUUCAACUGGGACGAAGUUAAAUAUAGUAUUUGGUCAACGUAUAGUAUCGUCACUAAUUUGAUUGGUACUGCUUUUUCGAUAAGCCUAUUUAGCAAGCAUCUUAAAUUAGACGACACAUUACUGGGAAUAAUAUCAUGUAUGAGCAAAAUUAUCGCAUCGUUCGCCUACGCCUUCGCUAGAAAUGAUUUGGAAAUAUACAUGGCGCCACUUUUGGAAAUUCUUAACGGAACGUCAUUCAUUGCUAUGCGUUCAAUAGCAACAAAGCUUGUCAGCGGUGAAGAAUUUGGUAAGGUGAAUUCACUUUUCGGUUUGGCGGAAGCUAUGACACCAUUAAUAUACGGUCCCCUAUAUUCAAGAGUCUAUAUCGCUACUUUGAGCAUAUUACCCGGCGCUGUGUUCCUCCUCGGCGCACUACUUACCUUUCCAGCUGUAAUUAUCUUCGGGUGGCUGUACUUCGAGCAUAAAAAAGAUAGAAUGCUUAAAGAAAAAAGCACAAAUGACAGUGAAAAAUGCUGA